GGCACUAAGGAGUGGCUUACAUUUUCAGCAAUUCAGUGCCUAAAGAAGUAAUAAUUAACUUCUUCCUUUGUCUUGUAGAAGUAAUCCAGGUACACUGUCAGGUCAUUCGGACACUGUCAUGUUGACUCGGCUGCUCUAUGAAGCACAGGAUCAAAUGCCUUUCAUCAUUCCUAUGAGAACAAAGCGUUGCAGCUGACCUGGACUGAUAAAUAUGGCAAAUAAUUCUCACCAACCAUCUUGGGUUUUUAUUAAUGAAAAAAAGUAUAUUACAAGGAGCCAACUUGAUGCUCUGCUGAAAACAUAUAACUGUUAUUAUAAGACUCAAGAGAACUUACAGAUGUCAUAUUGCCAAGCAGAAAAUGGACAAAUUAUUGUUUCUGGGCUUAUAGAUAUUCUUUGGGGUGUUCAACGACCCAUACGAUUCAAAAUGCAAGAUGAAAAAUGUAUCUCCACAGAAUCAAUACAGCUGCCUGAAGUUAUUGGAUCAUCGAUUGCAAAAAGUGGAAUGAUGCGCUGGGGAGAAUUUGAUGAUCUUUACCGUAUAAGUGAGGAGACAACAAAGAUCUCAGAUGAUGAAGCAGAAGAUAAGAAUGGCUAUUCGCCUUACGACAGCAGUACGCUCAGGCCUAAACUGACAAAUGAUCCUGAUUCACCGUCACUGUACCGAACUAUGAGUGAUGCAGCAUUGGUGAAAAAAAGAAUUAGACCACAGGCUCCUGGUAGAGCAAAUGUACCGCAGCACAGAUUUUCUAUCAAUGGACAUUUCUACAACUAUCAGACAUCAAUAUUUACUCCAGCAUUUGGAUCGGAAACAAAAGUUAUGAUAGACAGCAAUAUGAAAACAGAACAAGUAAUCGAGCAGUUGUUGCGGAAGUUUAUGAUUGAGACCAGUCCAAGUGAGUUUGCACUAUAUAUUAUACAUGCUUCAGGAGAAAAGAAAAAACUGAAAAACAGUGACUGUCCUCUCUGGGAAAGGCUGUUACAAGGUCCUUCAGGACAUAUAGCAAGGAUGUACCUCAUGGACAAAGAAGUAGAGGAAAUAAGCAGUGAUGUAGCACAGUAUAUAAAAUUUAAUCUUCCCCUACUGGAAUCUAUCUUGAAAAAGUUAAACGAUGAAGAAGAAAUGGAGAUUAAAAGGACAAUUAACAAGUAUUUGAAAGAAAAAGUCCAAAUACAACACUACCUUAACAGCAAAAUUAUAAAAAAGACAGAAACUACCGUAUAACAAUUUGCUUUCUUGAAGAAAGGAACUGGAAUGGUGUUGCAUAUUGACAAUGAAAAUAGUAGAUACUACUAAAUAUAGUUUGUGCUACUGUUGAAGAUAUAUUGGAUUAUGGAGCAAUACAUCUUAAAGAGAUUCAAGAAGACAUGUCUAGAAAUGUUAAACUAAAAUUAAACAUUUGAUAUGUUGAAGUUUAGAUGGAGGAUGUUGCCAGAAAACCACUUCACUGUAUAGCAGACCAGACUUGUGAAUUGGAUCACCAGGAGGACUCCAAUUUUCUCAAGCACCAAGAUCCUGAAAGAAAAUCUUCACAUAAUCAUAUAUCAAUCCUACAUGUUUGUAAAGUCUAAGUCCAAACUCUUUUUUGAAUUGGGCAGAUGUUUACUAAAUCCAACAUUGCUUCGGAUUCUAAAUUUAAAAAAAGAAUUAUAAACAUGUGAGAUUCCUUCACUAACAUUUGAGGAAUUAGUAUAUAAUAUUGGUGAAUUUGCAUUUGUCCGCACUCCAUGACUUAAAGCAAUGUUAAUUUAUAUUUUUUGUUUAAUCAAUUCAUAUUUUAAUUUCUCAGUUUGUUGUGGAGACUUUUGUUAUACAUAUCAUCAUACACUUCAAGAGUUGUCACUCUCACAUGUAAAUAAAACAUAUAAGUGUAUUGCACACGUAUUGUGCAAGAAAAGCCGUAUUCCUGAACACUAAAGAUCUCCAUGUAAUAACAAAUAUGACAGCAGAACGUCAAAAACCAAGUACUGUGGUCCAAGUUGUGUUCAAAUUUAGUAGACCUUAAAAUAUUGAUAUUCAAAUUAUUUUUUUUCAAGCAGGAAACUGUUUGGAUAGGAAAAAGUCAUUUUACAACUUUCAGGACAUUCAAUUUCAUGAUAAUGCAUCGGUUUUCCAAGACGGUAAUUUUUUUUAUUUCUGAAGACCUUUUAUAUGAUAUUAGUUAAAGGGACACUGAAUCCAUUUUUUUUUCUUUUGUGAUUCAGAUAGAGCAUGCAUUUUUAAGCAACUUUCUAAUUUACUCCUAAUAUCAAUUUUUUGAAAAAGAAGGCAUCUAAGCUAAUUGUUUGCUUCAGAACUCUGGACAGCACUUGUUCAUUGGUGGAUGAAUUUAUCCACCAAUCAGCAAGAACAACCCAGGUUGUUCACCAAAAAUGGGCCGGCAUCUAAACUUAUAUUCUUGCAUUUCAAACAAAGAUAGCAAAAGAAUGAAGACAAUUUUACAAUAGGAGUAAAUUAGAAAGUUGCUUAAAUUGCAUGCUCUAUCUGAAUCACAAAAGAAAAAUUUUGGGUUCAGUGUCCCUUUAAAGGGACAUUAAACCCAAAAAAUGUCUUUCAUGAUUCAGAUAGCGAAUACCAUUUUAAAAAAGUUUCCAAUUUACUUCUAUUAUCAAAUGUAUUUAAUUCUCAUGUAAUUCUUUGUUGAAGAGAUACCUAGGUAGGUAGUGUGCACAUGCCUGAAGCCCUAAAUGACAGGAAAUAGUGCUGCCAUCUAGUGCUCCUGCUAAUGUAUAACAUUGUUGCAAACUGCUGCCAUAUAGUGCCGCAAACACGUGCACACUCUUGAGCUUACAUUUCUACUUUUCAAAUAAGGAUAACAAGAAAACUAAGAAAAUAUGAUAAUAGAAGUAAAUUAGAAAGUUGUUUAAAAUUUGAUGUUCUAUCUAAAUCAUGAAAGAAAAAUAAUGGAUAUUAUGUCCCUUUAAGUAAAAUGUAACUUGUCUCAAGAGUGUGAGUUUUCAUUGUCAUAUUCUCAGUAAUUACAAGUACAAUAUUCAGCAUUAACAAUAAAUCCCUUUGAAUAAUACUGAAUUCAUUUGGUAAGAAACUGAGAAUUAGAUAUUGUUGUAUACAUAAUCAGUAAAAACAACCUGCAAUUUGGCAAAUAUAAAAAUAGUUACAAUACAGUACACAUGAAUCUUUUA